AUGGCCUCGAGCUCAGCUGCUCGCUUAUCUACGGAAAGCGCCGCUGCGCGGACUGAAAGGUUGGCUUCAACUGCUUCAACCAUGUCCGCACGCCGCGCCAGGCUUUCAGUUGAAGAACGUUCACUUCAGAAUUCACAAGACGCAGUCUGCGUGGCUAGGUUGAGGGCUUCACAGUCCCCAGCACAGAAAACCCUUCGUCGUUUGCGGGAUGCCACCUCCAAAGCUUGCUCCAGGGGUUUAGAAAGCCCCGAACAAAGAACUUCACGUCGUUGUAGGAAUACUAGGGCUACAGCCGCCUCUAGAGCUUCGGAACAACCCCAAGAAACCGCUCAUCGUCUCUUUAGAAAUGCCCUACCCACUGCGUCUGUCACAGCCGUAGAAAGCCCUGCACAGACCACUGUCCAUCGCGUUAGAAAUGCCCGCUCCACUGCAUCUGCUAGAGACCUAGAAAGCCCUGCAUAA